CACGAAGCUGGCUUUUUUCCGUCUCCCCCUGACGCCAAAACGAGCUUCCACAUACAAAUCGGCAGCCCGACGUUCGCAAUAAUGGGCGAGGUGAUCCGUGUGCUGCUGCUCAAUCCGCUGACGAGCGUCACGUCGCUCGUGUGUCUGCAGCGCCCACUCGAAUGGGAAGGUGUGCUGAGCGACUUCUACCAGGUCAUCACCAACUCGGACGAUGACCCGGCACCCAGCAUCCUAGCCAAGUGCAAAGUGCUGCUACACCCUACCAAGUCCAAGAACGAGAAAGGCGUCGUGAUCCGGAAGAACGCGCUGGAUCGGUCCAUUCGGGACGGAGAUCUGCUGUCACUCGAGGGUUUCCAGCUCGAUGAGGCCACAGGACCCCCACCCGAGCUGUUGGACAUUAUGGACACGUUGGACUUUGAUGUUCCCGUCGACUUUGGCGCUGGAUUAGCCCCAUCGGACAACUUAAACUCGACUGGAGAUGCAGUGGCCAAGGUGACGCCUGAACCCAUGAUUAAGCCCAUGAUUAAGCCUGUAGGACAGAUGCAGCCUCCUGCUGGAGCUUCUCGCGGAAAUUCACGCAAAACGAAGCGCGGACGAAGUUUAUCCUCCAAGUUCUGGCUUGUUAAUAAGCUUGCUGCCAGCGGCAAGAUCAGUAAGGAGCAGAAGGACUCGCUCAAGAUGCUACUCAUUGCUUCAGACGACUCGGCGCUGCACAAGGCUUUCGAACACUAUGAGGAGACUGGAGAUCUCGAUACGCUGCUGAACUUGCAGGCAAACUCGAAAAAAUCAUUUGCCGGCUUGCCUCCGCUCUCCACGGAAGCCUUCGACUUUCAGCUCACACAGAACAUCGAGAACGAGCUGGACUUGCUGUCCAUGCGAAGCUUCAAUGUUGGCGGUGGUGCUGGGGCUGCAAACUCUCCAGUAAACCAGGCAGUUACUCCUGCUACCGUGCCGCCGGUGAACAAUGGAAGCAACAGCAGCGCUGCUGAUAGCAAUGAGCCGAUCCCGUUCUCAAGCUCGAACGGAGACCUCUUGGACCCGUUAGACGUGCUGUUAGAACCCUCACUGGACUCGCUGCCUAUGCCUAUUGGCCAUGGCGAUGAUCAGAACUUGCCGUCAGCACUACCUGGUGACCUACACGGCAUGGAGGAAUGGCUUAAGGAUUAGAUUAAGGUGUGAAGUGGUGUCUGUAGUCAAAUAAGCAAGCAGAAGGUCGAAAGUAGGCAAACAGAGUGAUGAAAAGGGAAGCAAACAGGGCCACGUGAGCUACCGGACAAAACUGAAGUGCUAUCGAUAGGGAGUGGAGUGAGUAAAAGAGUGAGUGGAAUUCUUGUGCAGCUUCCCAAGACAUUUAUCAAGUCUGCAAAAGCCUCCCAGCAGACAAAAUGGCCGCUCUACCAGCCUGGAACUUCCUUCUUUUCCCACACGUCCGUAAUGUGCGGGCCAUUGGACGCGUCGAGCGGCGUGUCCUUGAGGAAGUCCUGGCGCUUUUCUUCGUCCAUCAUACUCGCCCGGUAGCACAGAUACAUGUUCUUCCACGUGAACUUGCACUCGUCCACUUGGCCGUAUCGGUAAAAAUGCUCCAUUUGGUUGCCAGGUGCUGGUUAUCGAACAAUGAACAGCACCGUUAGUCAAUGCCAUUCUCCUCCACACAACUCAAAAGGUGCAGCACGUUUGUUGAGAUGGAGACAAUUACGUACUGACGCAGUAAAACGACCGGUCUAGGAACCACCGACACGCCAUCUUCUUAUCAGUCUCGCCACUCUCUUGUUUCCUGAGCUUCUCUUCGUGCAGGUAUCGAGCCGUACGCUCCGAAUUCGACGCCUGCGAGUCCAUGUCUGUUCCACUGUAGCAGACAAUACUUAUGACCAAAUAUGCAUAUCAAAAAAGGCAA